AUGGCACCGGGCGCUGCUGAUGGCAUCUUCUGCUUGAACUGUACCAGUAGUCAAGGUUAUAACUGUAGCACAACCCAUCAACAAUGCACCUCUGCGGUCAACAGCUGUAUUACCAUUGCCCGGAAUGAGGACACAGGGCACCUGGGCAUACAAAACCCAACUUACGAAAAGAAGUGCAAUACUGACGAUCGUCUCUGCAACCAGGUCUAUGGCUUGGUGGCUGGGGAUUUCUCCCUGCGUUGGAACUCCAGCUGCUGCCGCUUGGACCGCUGCAACGACGAGGACAUCAAAGUACAAAAAGCAUCUCCGGUUCUCAAUGGCGUUCGUUGCAGCUCAUGCUUUGCGCAAGGCACGGACGUGUGUCUGAACACCACCCAAGUGAACUGCACCGGGCAGCUGGACCAGUGCAUCCAUUUUGUUACCAUCGCCAAGGAAGAGAAAUACAAGGAUCAACAAGUGACCUUCAAAGGCUGCGCCACCAAGAACAUGUGUUCUAUCGGAGCUCCUGCGCUGUUUACCACUGGCCGCCAGGUCUACGUCAAGACCAUCAUGUGCAGUGGGGCCCCGGAGGUCCCUUCUCAGCACAGGCUGGCCCUGUCCGCCCUCGCAGGGUUGUUCUUUCUCGUCUACCAGUCCUGAUUCCUUUUCACACAUGUCCUCCACUGUUUUGUUCUUUGUGGGCCUUCUUGCUGCCUCACUCACAUUUUAGGGGUGACAGGCUCCCUGGAAUUACAGCUCAUCUCCAGACUCCAGAGAUCAGUUCCCCUGGAGAAAAUGGAUGCUUUG